ACAGUUUUUUCCAAAAAAAUCAAGGUGAACUUCAACUACUAUCAAACUAUGGCUGCUUCUAAGGAUUCUUUUAUUCUAUGUUUGAUUGUAGCAUUAUCACUUUCAAGCAUCCAUAUGAGCCUCGCAGCUCGCAACCUCUUGCAAACCUCUCCAACUGCAACACCUACACUGCCUACAAUGCCAACCAUACCUCCUCUGCCUAAAGCAACAUUGCCUCCAUUGCCUGCCAUGCCAACACUGCCUAAAACCACAAUGCCACCGUUACCAAGUACUCCGCUACCAACCAUGCCUACACUGCCUAAGACAACAUUGCCACCAUUACCGAGUAACGCACUACCAACCUUGCCAACCAUGCCCACAGUUCCUAAGGUGUCACUGCCUCCACUGCCAGCUACUUCACUGCCCACUAUCCCAACCGUUCCAACCACAAUUCCUUCAAUCCCGACCAUCCCAACAACAAUGCCAACAAUUCCAUUCUUCUCACCACCACCAUCUAAAACUAGCCCUUGAAAUGCUACAACUCUGUUCAUCUUUCUCCCAACUAGAGCAUGUAAUAUGUAUCUGUUGUCUUGGUGUGUGUGAGAGAUUUUCUUUUA